ACAAUCAGCAGAUCGGCUUAUGCUUACGUAGACAUUAUUUCGUGUCUGUGCGCAAAAAUGCUAAUAUAUUUGCCGCUAAUUUUUUUGAUCUAUUACCGACUUCGCCAAUAAUCUAGCAUCAUGGAUAGCGCAAAUAUUGACAUAGAUAGUAUAAUACAGCAUACUGAUGGGUAUAGCAGAGAGCCCUUGGAUCCCAUAGUCCAACCGUAUGAUUAUUUGACGAAUGUUCCUUCUAAUAAUCAGAAUGUGAGAAAUCGAUUCUUAGUGGCAUUCAAUAAAUUGUAUUACCAUAUCGAACAUCAGCAACUUUUGGAACUUAUAGGGGAGAUUAUUUCUAUAUUCCAUAAUCUGUCAUUAUUAAUUGAUGAUAUCGAGGAUUCCUCCGAUUAUAGACGAGGCAUACCUUCUGCUCAUACCAAAUAUGGAGUACCCUUAACUAUUAAUUGUGGGAACUUGAUGUAUUUCAUAGCUUUACAAAAGGCACAAACGGAUCUACCAGUACUUUAUCAAACCCUUUCAAAUCAUGAGAUUAAUAUGGAUAAAUUAAAAUUCGCCACCCUGCAAAUAUUAAUCGAUGAGAUGUUAAAUUUACAUCAUGGUCAAGGAUUAGAUCUUUACUGGAGAGAUGAUUUUCAAUUAAUUGAAGCUGAUGGACAAAUGCCAAAUAUUGAAGAUUAUCUUCAAAUGAUUAAGGAUAAGACUGGUGGAUUAUUUCGAUUAUCGAUUCGUUUAUUACACUUAUUUGCCCCUACUAAAGUAGAGUAUGAUCUUAUUCCUAUUGCUAAUCUUUUAGGAAUUAUAUAUCAAAUUAGAGAUGAUUAUCUAAAUUUGGUUGAUCCCAAGUAUUCUCAUAUGAAGGGUGUUGUAGGAGAAGAUUUAAUUGAAGGCAAAUUGUCUUUGCCAAUAUUACAUUGUUUACUUAAUUCAAAUGACUCUCCGGUUCGUAGAUUAUUGGUAUCUACAACUUCAAGUCAAGAAAGAAAAGAGAAAAGUGAUGAAAUAAAAGAAUGUAUUGACUAUAUGAAAUCAGAAUCGCGGUCUUUGGAUUAUACUAAGAGUCUUAUUAAAGCGUAUGAAGUCAAAGUUAAACAAUUAAUAACUGAACUGACGGGUGGAUUGGCUAAAGAUUCUCUAUUAUUUCAAAUCAUUGAUGGUUUAUGCUCUAUUUAGGGCCCAUCAUACUAAAGGAAUAUCAUAUUUUAAUUUAUCGGGAUGAUUCUUUUCGACUCCAUUAAGGAAGUCAAAGAAGGAAUCUAUAUCAUGACUAUUGAAGGACAUCUGGGGGAUAAAUAAUGUAUUUGAAGCAGAUGUAUCAUUGAAAUGAAAUCGGUUCAUUUCAUAUUGUAAAUUCUUAGGCACUAAAUUAUUUAUUAAAGGUAUAUCAAUAUUGUUUUGGGAAAUGU